UAAAAACAGAAUUGAACCUUCUUCUAAUUCGUUGAUCGAUAAGAGAUGGGGAUACUGUGUAGUGUUGAUCCACAAGAUCUGAAAGCUGGAGAUCACAUUUUCUCUUACCGAGCCUGGUACACUUAUGCUCAUCACGGAAUUUAUGAUGAAGAGAAUAAUAUGGUUAUCCACUACACCAGAACACAGCCGGAAUCUCUCUCUCACGCGCCGACUGAACCCGCCAGUGGAGGGUGUCAUAUCUGCAAUUACCAGCCAAAAGCUGAGAGAGGUGUCGUGGCUUGUUGCUUGGAUUGCUUCCUAAAUGGCAACAGUUGUAGUAGUAGUCUCAACCGGUUUGGUUAUGGCGUUUUGCCAUUUCAGUUCUUGGUGAGAAGGAUUGGGACGUGCAGCCUUGACCAAAGCGACGCCCCGGAAGUGGUGGUCCGGCGAGCUCGCCGAAUGCUGAUCGGAGAUGAUGACUUCGGCGAAUACCAUCUUCUAGACAACAACUGUGAGUCAUUCGCUACUUAUUGCAAGACAGGAAAGCGUUUGAGCUUCCAAGCUGAGUCUCUGAAGAGCAGAGCUGUUUUCUUGAAAGACAAACCUUUUAGCUUUCAGAAUCUGAAAACCACGGUUGCUGGACUGGUGUUUGGUUACAAGGUUGUUGUCGUGAUUAACAACCAUUUUAGCUGAGAACUUGUCUUUUUAAAAUAUAAAAAUCAUGUUUAUUUCCAGCAAAGCAAUUCUAGUGUUGCCAUUAAUGUUCUCGAUUUGUGAUUUGAAGUAAUAAUCUUGUUCAAAGGGCCACCUAUGGACUCAACAAUCAAUUAGUGUUGCAAUUAAGUU